CACUUCAAUUCAGCUGGAAGAAUCGCUUUGCGGCAAAACCACAGCAUAACAAAUGACCCCAAAAUCACAAAAAUCCCAAAAUUUUCAUGCAUUCGAAAACUUGAGGGAAAACCUGCAGGAGCAGCAGUAGCAUAGAGUCUGAAUAUUUGGUUCUUGUCUUCAUUCAGAUUUCAUCCCAAAAAAAAUGCUCCAUCUUUUUAUCAGAAAUCCCAUUUUUCUUCACUCUUGUACAUCAUCAACGGCAACAGUAAGGUAUGCCUGUUUAAAUUCUCUUCUUUUCUUUAGUUCCAUUCCCCAAAUUGAAAAAAUCCCGCCUUUUACUUCUUCCUCCCCUGCUGUAAACGACGAUGUUGAGACUGUUUUUCGGAUACUAACAAGUUCAAGAACCUCAGUUGAACUCAGACAGUCACUGAGAUCAGCAGCAGCUUCAAUCGCUUUCUCAAAUGACUUAAUUGAUAAGGUUCUGAAAAGGGUUAGAUUUUCUCAUUCUAAUCCAUUACAGGCUUUGGAAUUCUUUAAGUUUACAUCUAGGAAAAAGGGGUUUUUGCAUUCUGCAUUUUCUUUGGAUACAAUGCUGUAUGUUUUGGGUAGGAGCAGAAAAUUUGAUAAUAUUUGGGAGGUUUUGGUGGAAGCGAAGAAAAAGGAUCAAUCUUCGAUCACUUCAAGAACUGUUCAAGUUGUCUUAGCUAGGAUUGCUAAGGUUUGUUCAGUUAAGCAGACUGUGAUUUCGUUUAAGCGGUUUCGAAGGCUUGUUUUGGAGUUUGAUACUAGUUGUUACAAUGCACUGUUUAGGACAUUGUGUCAAGAGAAGAGUAUGAGUGAUGCCAGGAAUGUGUAUCAUAACUUGAAGCAUGAGUUUAGGCCGAAUUUGCAGACUUUUAAUAUAUUGUUGUCUGGUUGGAAGUCAACUGAUGAGGCCGAGCGCUUUUUUGAGGAGAUGAGGGAAAUGGGGGUUGAACCUGAUAUUGUUUCUUAUAACUGUUUGGUGGAUGUGUAUUGUAAGACGAGAGAAAUCGAUAAGGUGUAUAGGGUGGUGGAGGAGAUGAGGGAGAGGGAUAUUAGUCCAGAUGUGAUUACAUAUACGAGUUUGAUUGGUGGUUUGGGGCUUGUGGGGCAACCUGAUAAGGCAAGGGAUGUUUUGGAAGAGAUGAGAGAGUAUGGAUGCUAUCCUGAUGUCGCAGCUUACAAUGCUGCUAUUAGAAAUUUCUGUAUUGCAAAGAGGAUUGGGGAUGCCUACGGUUUGAUGAAUGAGAUGGUAAAGAAGGGGUUGAGCCCAAAUGCAACUACUUAUAAUAUUUUGUUGAGGACAUUUUAUUGGUGGAAUGAUUUGAUAAGUUCAUGGAACUUGUACCUGAGAAUGAGGGAAACAGGGUGUCUACCAAACACUCAAUCUUGUAUGUUUUUGAUCAGGUUGUUGAGAAGGCACGAGAAGGUUGAAAUGGCACUUGAGCUAUGGAAUGAUAUGGUGGAGAUGGGGUUUGGCUCUUAUAUAUUGGUCUCUGACGUUUUGUUUGAUUUGCUUUGUGACAUGGGGAAGUUGGAUGAGGCUGAGAGGUCUUUCUUGCAGAUGGUGGAGAAAGGGCAAAAACCAAGUAAUGUUUCAUUUAGGAGGAUUAAGGUGCUUAUGGAAUUGGCUAAUAGGCAGGAUGCUCUUCGUAAUUUGUCAGAGAAGAUGGCUCUUUUUGGCGGAUCUAUUAAACUUGCUGGGAGUGAAGAGAGUGACUUGGAAACAUCAGGCUCCAUGACUUUCUGAAUACAAUUUUCCAACUAUUCCAUCCAUGAAGUAUACUGCCAGGAUGCUGAGAUCAACAUUUUGUUGCCAUGUCAGCAGAAAUUUUUAUCAAUUGCGCCUCCAGAGGUGCAUCUAUAUGACAUGCCAGUUUCUCGCAAUUGCGUGUCCAGAAGUGCAUUUGUAUGACAUGCCAGUUUCUUGUUAAUUAGAUUAGGCAGAGUGUCAACAUGUUCUAGCUAUGUUGCAAUCAGUUUGAGUGGUGGCUGAGUAGAGCUGCUGAUCUGAUCCUUUUUUUUAUUUUUCCUUUUAUGGGUAGCAAUCAUCAUUCUUGCUGAUGUUUUUAGCUGCUCAAACUUUGAAAUUGCUUUCAUUUAGAUGUAUACCACAAGUAAAAUUUUGGUUGUAGUUGUUUCCCUCAGAGCUUAAAUCUUUUGAUGACAA